AUGAACGACGCUGACACCGACAUGAACGACGCUGACACCGACAUGAACGACGCUGACACCGACAUGAACGACGCUGACACCGACAUGAACGACGCCGACACCGACAUGAACGACACCGACACCGACAUGAACGACGCUGACACCGACAUGAACGACGCUGACACCGACAUGAACGACGCUGACACCGACAAGAACGACGCUGACACCGACAUGAACGGCGCUGACACCGACAUGAACGACGCUGACACCGACAUGAACGGCGCUGACACCGACAUGAACGACGCUGACACCGACAUGAACGACGCUGACACCGACAUGAACGACGCUGACACCGACAUGAACGACGCUGACACCGUUGACACCGACAUAAACGACGCUGACACCGACAAAAACGACGCUGACACCGACAUGAACGGCGCUGACACCGACAUGAACGACGCUGACACCGACAUGAACGGCGCUGACACCGACAUGAACGGCGCUGACACCGAUAAGAACGACGCUGACACCGAUAAGAACGACGCUGACACCGACAUGAACGACGCUGACACCGACAUGAACGACGCUGACACUGAUAAGAACGACGCUGACACCGAUAAGAACGACGCUGACACCGACAUGAACGACGCUGACACCGACAUGAACGACGCUGACACCGAUAAGAACGACGCUGACACCGAUAAGAACGACGCUGACACCGACAUGAACGACGCUGACACCGACAUGAACGACGCCGACACCGACAUGAACGACGCUGACACCGAUAAGAACGACGCUGACACCGAUAAGAACGACGCUGACACCGACAUGAACGACGCUGACACCGACAUGAACGACGCUGACACGACGCUGACACCGAUAAGAACGACGCUGACACCGACAUGA